UCGCCGACCCAUGUAUCUGAUACACAUUGUCGAAGAUGUUAUCUCUGUCCAAGAUGGCGUCAUGUUGUAGGACUCUCCUCUUGUUCAUUGCACUUGUCUCUACCGGAUCCGUGUGGGGUCAAUCAACACCAGAUCAAUUUGUGCUGGAAGAGAACUGUGACAGCACCUUGCCCUUUUCCGAGAGCGUGAUAUUGUUUGCCUCAAACCUGUAUUCAGUGGAGCAAUGUAACCUCUCUAUUCAGAGCAGCUUGGAAAACGAAAGGCUCCUCAUCGACAUCACCGUGUUAGACCUCGUGGACAGCUGCAGCAACACGAGUCUGGACAUCCUAGAUGAAAAUGGAAACAGCAUUGCAGGUCCUCUAUGUGAGGAGGAUAACGCCCAAGUCUUCAAAGCACCGGGCAACACUGCUCAAUUUGAUUACAAAAGUGACUCUCCGAAAACUAAGGGGAAAUCAUUGUCGAUCCUCAUUACUUCGUUCAACAUGGGGGUUCAAGGGAAAUGUGCUUCGAUUGAGUACCAGUGCGCCAACAAACUGUGCAUACCCAAAGACUUAUUGUGCAACGGAUACAACGAGUGUUCUGAUAACUCAGAUGAGAAUGACUGCAACGGCCCCGAUUACAUUCCUCUGGGAGAAAACGCGGGACUUAUAGUUGGUGUGACAUUCGCUUGUUUGUUGGCGGUUGCAGUGGCAGCAUUGUGUCUGACUAGGCUACUUAGGCAUCAUCGGGGAUAUGACAGUAUUAAUUGAGUAACCGUUUUAAAUAAAGCUUAUGUCCCAGAGGAUUCUGCAACAGGAUGAA